AUGGCGGCAGCGACCUCCCCGCCGCCCGGGGCGGCCCUGCCCCCUUUCCAAUUCCGUCCGAGGCACGAGGGCCCGGACUGGCGUCGGCUGAGCGCGGUGGAGGUGGACCGCGUGGCGGCCGAGGUGAACGUGGCGGUGCUGCAGGAGCACCUGGAGCACGUCACCUUCUGCAACGCCGGCCGCGAGCGCUGCCCGCACUGCCGGGGCCCCGCCGACCCGCUGCUGCUCAAGCUCCUGCGCCUGGCCCAGCUCUGCCUCGAGUACCUCCUCCACUCCCAGGAUUACCUGAGUGCCCAGGUCCGCGCCGGGCAGGAACUGCUCCGCUCCGCCGAUGCCCACCGCGACCUGCUGGCCAAGGAUGUGGCCCGCGGAGCACAGCAGAUCCAGUUGCUCAAGGAGGAAUGCAAGCGCCGCAAGAAGAUGAUCGCCACUCAGCAGAUGGUGCUCCAGGCCGGGGCCACCUAUCACCAGUGUCAGUUUUGUGACAAAGCCUUUAUGAACUCUUCCUUCCUGCACAGUCAUUUGCAACGUCGCCAUUCAGAAGAACCAAUCACCGCAAGUCAAAAGAAAAAAUCACAGACUGAUAAACUGCAGGAGGAGAUCAACCAACUGAAGGAGCAGUUACAACUUACCAGGUCUCAAUUAGAAGCUGAGCAACAUGCCCAUGUAGUCAAACUGUCUAAGGAAUAUGAAGAACGCAGAUCCAAAGAGGAGGAGAUUCGGCACUUAUUUCACAAAUGGAAAGAAGAAGAAAAGGAAAAAUUGGCCCGUGAACUUGAGAAGGUUAAAGAGAUGUUUAUGAAGGAAUUUAAAGAAUUAACUGCAAAAAAUUCAGAAUUAGAAAAUCACUUGCUAGAGGUACAGAAAUCCAACCAACAUCUGAAAUCCAAUUUAGGCACUUUAAAAGAUACCACUGAAUUAAUAGAUGAGAAACAGCGGAUUGCUAUAGAUCAUCAGAAUGUAAUGCAGCUUCUUGAAAAACAGGAAGCUAAGUGGUCUUCUAAGGUACAAGCUCUUCAAGAAGAACAUGAAAAUGAAACAUAUCAGCUCACAUCUCAAAUUGAGAAGCUUAAAGCAUCAGUGGCUGAGGAUCUGAAUAUGAGCAACAUUUUCUAUAAGAAGAGGCUAGAAGAACUAGGACAAAAGCUGCAAGAACAGAAUGAUCUUAUUAUUAUCCAGAAACACCAGAUAGAAAAACUGGCUUCAAAAAAAACAGUAGAAAACUCAAAGUUAUCCGAAGUGAAAGCUUCAGUGCAAAAUGUUCAGCCCAAAUCAAGCCCGUCAUCCAUGCAUGAUUUUGAAAUUGAAGCAGAAAAUCAAUCCAGCCUCCCAGCUAUAAGACUGUUACCAAAAGAGCAUCCAGAAUCCGCUGUCCAAGAACAGGCCUUUUUGGUACCCAUGCUGGAGCCCAUAGAGGAGCUUCCAGAGAAUGAAAAAGAAAUAGAAAAGCAAGUGCCCCAAACAGGGAAGAAUAAGUCUCAUAUGAUAAAUACCUUGAAGAGCGAUCCUUCUUUAACAAAAGAACUGAGAACUGUUUUGGAGCAGACCCUAGCAGAAAAGUUGGAAUCCUUGGGAAUUAAAUCCGGAGUGCGCGGCAUCCCAAGUGAUCAUCUGAACAGAGUCUUAAUAUCUGUUGAGUCUGCUAGAGAAGAAAGGAAGAAACAACUGCCUGAUAUUCAAUAUAUUCGAGAGCAACUUGAACGACAAGUCAGUUUCAGAGUUGCUGAAAGAUCAUCUUGCAGCAGAUUUCUUUCCAACCCUCAUCUUUCUUCAGAAGGUAUGGGAGUGCGCGGCAUCCCAAGUGAUCAUCUGAACAGAGUUUUAAUAUCUGUUGAGUCUGCUAGAGAAGAAAGGAAGAAACAACUGCCUGAUAUUCAAUAUAUUCGAGAGCAACUUGAACGACAAGUCAGUUUCAGAGUUGCUGAAAGAUCAUCUUGCAGCAGAUUUCUUUCCAACCCUCAUCUUUCUUCAGAAGCUAAACACAAGACAACUCGCUUAGGAACUUCUUUACCCACCGUUUUGCCCAAGCCAGCAAGACGUUCUUCCAUUGCCAAACGUUCACUCAUACAAAGAAAAUUGCCUGCUGAAAACACAUCAACCCCAAAAAUCAAGAAGAAUAUUUUGAAGGAUGAAAUUUCUAGAAAGCCACCUAGUACUGAAACUCCUCCAUUUAGCUCAGAAGAGGAAGUGGAGGAAAAUCACAUUAGGCACUCCUACAUCUCACCUGAAUUAUCUCUGCACAAGGCCUCCAAGGGCCACAGCAAAGACAACUUGCCAAGAUUUGCAUAUCGGAGUGAUAUAAACAUCCCUGAAGAUGAAGUAGAUCUUAAGCCAUCCAGAAGCAGAAGCUCUUUACUUCAAAAUGAAAUGGAUGAAAUGGAAAAGUUUCUCUUAAGCCAUAGAAAGGAAAGGAAACAAAUUGGAAGAAUUAAUGGUGGUUCAGCAUCUAUUCAAACAUGUGCCCAAGGAGUAAAGUUUAAAGGCAUUGAAGAUGAGAAUGACUGGGAUUUAUCAUCUCUGGAAGAUGAAAAACCAUUGAAAGAUGAGAAAAAUAAGAAUGUAUGUGCUGUUGAAAAGAAUGGUCCAUGUGCUGUGUCAAUGACCCACGAAUGGAGAAAACCAAUAAAGGAUGAAGGUCUUCAAGAUGCAGAUAUCUCAAGCUCACCGAAAAGCAGCUUGGUCACUGUUACAGAUUGGAGCGACUCUUCAUAUAUUUGAUUGUGCAAGGAGGUUUAAUCUGAUUUCUGUCCUUUUUUCUUACGGUGCACUAACAAGGAACUUUUCUUU